AUGAGUCAAAGCCCAGUCUAUCUGGUGCCUACCUCGUAUAAACAUCAAAGUGGAGCAGGUGCAGCUGAUGGCUCUCCUGGCAUCUUGGAAACUGGCAUAGGUCUGGUAGCUCGAGGUUCUGGCCGUCAUCAAUCGUUUCUGAAGGCAUGGACUGGUCUUCCUGGAGAUUGGUACUGUCGUUGUCGGCUGGACCGCUUUCCGCCAGUGUGUAACUGGACCUUUCUCGAAGUUAAGGUCGGCAUAUCCAGUCGACGUCUCCAAUGUCUCUUCCGUCAGGCAUCUGCUUAUUACACAUGUCUUGCGCACAUUUUGAUCUACCUUGUUAUUACGAGGUUUGAACUGGAUUAUGUGAUCAGCUACGUUUUGGAUAAGAAUAUACAGCCAGAAAAUAGAGCGGUGCUCAUAACAGGAUGCGACAGUGGAUUUGGCCACGCUUUGGCAAAGCGUCUGGACUCCAUUGGUUUUCACGUGUUCGCUUCAUGUCUUUUCCCAGAAGGCAAAGGGGCUUGCGAUUUGAAGAAACUAUGUUCGAAACGCUUGCAAGUCCUGGAACUCAAUGUAAAAGAAGAUGAAAGCGUUCGAAAAGCUUUUGAAUUUGUGAAACAGAAUUUAGGAACAUCUGAAUUUUGGGCACUCGUAAAUAAUGCUGGUAUCCAGAAAGGCAUUGAUGUUGAGCUCACAAGCAUGGCUGAUUUUAAGGAGACAAUUGAAGUGAACACUUUUGGUAUGGUGAGAGUUACGAAAGCCUUCUUACCCAUGUUGAGACAGUCAAGAGGAAGAGUAGUUAAUUUAACUAGUCUUGCAGGACGACUUUCCAUUCCUCAUGUGACUUCGUACACUAUGAGCAAGUUUGCUGCCGUUGCUUUCAGUGAAUGCCUCAAACAAGAAAUGGAGGUUUGGGAUGUCAAAGUGAUAUCAAUCGAACCCGAGAUGUUUCUCACUCAAAUGACAGAAGGUGAAGGUUUAGUGAAGAGGAUAGAGGACACACUAAGUUCUUUGGAUGAAGGUGUAAAGUCGGACUAUGGUGAAAAAUAUUUCAAAUCAUCACAGCGUGCUGGGGAGCUGAUUGUUAAAAUUGCAUCGCCAGAUGUUUCUCCUGUCAUCAAUGCAUUAGAAGCAGCAGUCAGUUUGGAAUAUCCACGCUCAGUCUACAAGCCUUGUAGAAAUAUAUUCAUGAAAAUUCCACUCUAUAUACUAGAAAGGGUCCCUAGACCACUAAUUGAUGUAUUAAUAAAAGCAUUUUGUACUGUAAUAGGAUUUCCCAAGCCUCGGGAAGCAUGAGACUAGAAAUAAGUAACAUUUCACUAUCUUAUGGUCGAUAUCUAAUUUACUAUUGAUUUGUUUAAAGUUUUCAUGCUAGUAGUUACUCUAAAUUAUGCAGCACUUUCAGACUAUAUUUUUUAAGGAAAAGUUGCUGAAAUCUAAGUAAAAAAUAGAAAGUAUUUCAAAUGAACAUAAAAGAAAAUUUUUUUUUAACAUCAGAAUCCCCAAACUUCAAGAAGGGUGAAACUAGAAUUAAGCAGCGGUUCAAUAUCUUGUUGGCAACAUCUAAUUUACUAUUGAUUUGUAUAACUUUUUAUAGCAUUAUAUAUAAGAGAAAAGGUUUUAUUUUAAUGUGAAUUCUUUGAUUUUCUACAAUGGUUAAGAAGGUAUCUAUUUUCACUAACUGUAUCUUUUCAAAAUAAUUCGAUAAGUUUAAGUUACACAUGUUCGUACUCUUUCGCAGUUGUAUAGCAACAAUAUAUAAUUUUCACAGAACAGAUAAGAAAACUUUUCUGGCUAUCAAAAAUAUUAAAAUUCUGGUUGUCUUUCU